CUGAGCUUUCUUUUCAGUAUCAACUACCUGUAGAAACUGUCCUGAUUUCUGAUCAUAUUAGCCUUCCUCUAGUCCAGAUGGAGCUGCUUUGUCUUUGCUACAUGCUGGUUCCACAGAAUUUUCCCUCUUUGUACCUGUUGCUCUGUCUGCUGUAGAUUUGAGUGGUGUAGUUGCUGGUCAGCUAGGCUUGAUUUGCCUGCCUUAUUUCCUGUGGGCCAAUGGGAGGCAUGAGAUUUGUGGUGAAGAUCCUGAAUAUACAGGAAAAUUCUGUGCAUUGUAGGGUUGCACAGGUAAUGUACGAUUUCACGGAAUACUUGAGGGUGGAAGGGACCACUUGAGGUCAUCGAGUCUGACCUUCCUGCUCAAGUAGAGUCACCUAGAGCACAUUUUUCAGGACUGUGGCUCUUGAAUUCUUUCCAGGGAAGGAGACUCCACAACCUCUCUGGGCAGUGUAUUCUAAAGCUCAGUCACUGUCACAGUAAAGAAGUUCUUCUUCAUGUUCAGGUGUAACUUCCUGUGUUUUACUUUAUCCCCAUUGCCUCAUGGCCCAUUGGCUGGCAUGACUGAGAAAGAGUCUGGCUCCAUCCUUCUGACAGCCUCCCUUCAGAUACUUAUACACAUUCAUCCGAUUCCCGCCUUAAGUCUUCUAUAGGCUUCGGUGGCCCAGGUCCCUCAACCUUUCCUCAUAUGAGGGAUGCUCUAGACCCUUAAUUAGUCUGGUAGCCCUUUGCUGGACUUGCUCCAGGAGCUCCAUGUCUCUCUUGUACUGGGGAGCCCAGGACUGGACACAGCAUUCCAGGUGGGGUCUCACCAGGACUAAGUAGAGAGGGAGGAUUACCUACCUCAGCCUGCUGGCAAUGCUCUUCCUAAUGUAGUCCAGGAUACCAUUGCCCUUCUUGGCCACAAGGGCACAUUGCUGCUGACCCAUGAACAGCCUGUCCACCAGGACCCCAGGUCCUUGUCUACAGAGCUACUUUCCAGCAGGUCAGCACCCAUCCUGUCCUGGUGACUGGGGUUGUUCCUCCCCAGGUGCAGGACCCUCCACCUGUCUCUGUUGAAUUUCAAAAGGUUCCCCUCUGCCCAUCCCUCCAGCCUGUCUAGCUCCUCCUGAAUAACAGCACAGCACUCCUCCCAGUUUUGUAUUGUCAGCAAACUCGUGUCACUUUCUCUAGUUAGGGAUAGAAAGAUGAUUGCAGGGCAGCAGCGGGCCAGCUGUAAGUAAGGCAUUUGCCAGGCUAUACAGUACCCUAUUUGGGAAAUUGGCAGAGAGGAUUCUGUUCUUGCCUGCUUCAUUACAGUUGCACUUUUCCUGACUGUUAACUCCCUCCCAGAGUAGGUAGAAUACUAAAUAAAUGUCAACAAAAAAAAGUUUGUGCCUAUGAGGCAGUUAAGUAAUUCAACACGUACAAAUAGUUCAUGUUAGCUUGCAUUGAACUUCAGUCAGUGAACAUCACUGAAGUGCUAAAAGCUGCACCUAAAUUAAGUUCAUGAGUAGUCCUCUUGUUUACUUCUAUACAGCUAAUUAAAAUGGGCCAAGAACCAUUCUCUGGGCCUAAACAGUGUAUGCCAGCUCGCAGUCCUAACAGCUAAACUCCUUUUUGCAGGGCAGCUAUGCCCCAACUAGCUUUUUGGCUUCAUUUACUAGUGUAAAUGUAUCUACUGACUGCAUGACAAUUGAUUGAUGUUUCUGAACAGACCCUCAGUUUGGUGAAGUCUUUCAUAAUCUGAUGACAGCCAAAUCCAAAUCCUGGUGAAUUGUUUCUUCUGGAUUAGAUGGGGGGGGGGGGGGCGGCCCAAAGGAAGACUUUUAUGACCUAUGGAUUUCAGCUUCUUUCCCACCUCUUGGUCUUUUAAGAAAUGGGCACAGAAGAACAGAUCAGGAUUUGACAUGAAUUGUUUGUAUUAUGUACCUGUGAAUGCUGAAGAUGAUGUGGAAGCAGUGAUUAUUGACAAUGGAGAAAAUGGACUGUCCACACAAAGCUGUGUGUCAAUGGAACAAAACUCUGAAGUAAACAGUGGUGUUCACCAUGUGGCUCAACUUGCCUAUGGAAGCCAAGGCUUAUCAGUGCUAGCUGAACGAUUAACAUCACAUAUGAGCCAUUCUGCAAGUAUGCAGAGAGGAAAUGGUCACAGCCCUGAGAAAAUGAAUUUUGUGUUUUCACGUAAUAAAAGAAAACGACUUGCCCCUACUCUAGUGGGACAGAAUGUGUUGAGAACAAGGGAAGGAGAAUAUGAAGGUAGUGACAGUGUCAUUUAUGAGUAUGAACCAGACUAUAAAUGUGGGAGCAUUGUAUCUGAAGCUUCCUACACUGAAGCUUCCUACACUGGAGAUCAGCAGAAAAUUCUAAUGGAGGUCCUCAGUUAUUGCCAGGCUAUGUAUGAUGCAAUUCAGAACUUGGAUAAAAAAUUUGACCUGCUUCAUCGUGAGGUCUCAGAAAUGCAGCAUUCUCGUGUAAAGCCACUGUUGCUCAAACCUAAACCAGUUGGAUUUACAUACAGAAGUUCCAGUCAUCUGCCCCAGGGAAAAAUAGGAGUACAAAAAUCCAUGGAAAGGGAACCAAGUCUUCAUCUUUCUUCACCACGACAGGGAAGACAGAGCCCAGUCAUAAGGGUUGCUUUACAAAACAGCCAUGUUCAUGUCAAUUCCACAAUAAAACAUGUUCAACAGAGUCUUCAGCUUGAAUCACAGCAGCCUGUUCACAGGCAGAGCCCACCACUUCCCACUAUAGUUUCUGCGCAUUCAUUGCAUUCAUCAUGCACAACAAACAAAAGGAUGCCUGACCUUUCUGCACAAUCAAAUUUUGUAGCAAGUGUUGUGGAAAGUACUGUCCAUGUUGCAUCUUCACCAGUGGCAUCAUCAUUCAUGCCAGCACCAUCUGAGGCCAGUCCGGGAAAUAAUGUGAUGGUGGUGAACUACAGAAAUGCACCUGGGAGUGUGAACAUUAGUAAUGAACUACCAUCGUCUUCAGUCUCCAUCAAUCCUAGUUUUGAAUUUGUUGGUGACCCAGUGAGAAAUGUCAGAGUUCCUGGCACCUAUCUGAUGAAAGCUCGGCAAAAGACUAAACCAAAAUAUGCAGCACGCUACUUAGUUCGUGUCUUGUUCCCCAAGGAAACGUUGUUGUGCAGCAUUAUGGGAGUGAGUGCACGAGGGCGCAGAACACUGGAUCCAAACAAAAUUGCUGCAGUGAGAGAAUUUCUUGCAACUAAUUUUCCAAACUAUGAUUUGAGUGAACAUGGAAAAGACUGGAAAACCUGUAUCACAAAUGUCAAUGCUAUGAUCCGCUGCUUACGCUCUGAAACGAAAAUAAACCCAGAGACUGCUGAAGGGAAGGAAAAAGUGACUGAUACUCCAGAUAAAUCUCAUUGUGUAGAUUUAAAUUGUAAUGAGGAUAGUGAAGGCAAUUCUCAAAACUCUCAGAAAAUGGCCACAACUGACAUGUUGCAGGAUUUGGGAUUGGAAAGGUUUCCAGAAGUUUUCCACGCACCUUCGAUCAAGAAACCGCAGUCUUUGGAACCUAUGGAACUUCUUGGGAGUCCAUGGCGCAAUGUUCAGUUGCCUUUCUCAGUCAUUUAUGUAGCUAAGGGGAAGUCUCGGCCAGAGUUGUCAGCUCGCUACCUAAUUCGUCAUAUGUUCACUGAAGAUGUGCUGGUAAAAAGCAAUGUAUAUGGUAAUCUUGAACGUGGCAUGAGCCCGCUGGACUGCAACAGAAUUAAUGCUCUCAGAGACUUUCUUCAAGAGAAUUAUCCAUCCUUUGAUCUAAAGGAAACUGGAUAUGAUUGGAAGGCAUGUGUUGCUGCCAUAAACAGCACAAUCCGCAGUCUCAGACAUGAUCAUAAAAAAGCCACAGUUGGAAUCCGCCAGAAGGUCUUGACCAUGCCACCACUGAGGGCAAAGAGUCCUCCACAGAGUCCUACUUCAGUGAAGCCAUUUGAAAGUGACAAUAUCAAUCUCAUGGACUGAAGCUCUUUACUAUGCGUCUCAAAUCCUAGUUUAGUGGUUUUAUAAACCCCACAUAGAAGCCUGUUGCAUCAAGUUGUCCUAUUAUACUGAGUUGUCAGCCACAUGGAAUAGUAUUAUUUCAUGAGACCAAAGUUAGCAGAAGACUUGGGAACUGUAACUUCUUUUAAAGUAGCAUGUGUGCUCCUCACAAAUUACUUCUACUGUUCCCUGCAGCAUUUGCAAUGUGCUCUCUCCUAAAAGCAUUUCUUCUCCUCAUGAUUCAUUGACUCUGAAACAUUAAUCUAAUUAGAAGAGAUGCACUGUGCAUCAAGUCAGCAGAAGCAGAUAGAAAUGUGGAAUGAUUGGUCCUCCUCAGAGGUAUACUUAGUAAAAUUAUCUCAUGUGUGAGGAAUGAAAUUUGCUUUGACAGUUGGAUAUUUUAAGACAAAGUAUCUAAUGCAGAAAGGAAAAAAAAUAAAUCCUGCAUCCAGCUGACUUGUUAUGUUGCUCACCUUUUUUGCCUCCUAGAGCAGUCUUUGUUGUAGAAUAAGGAAAGAGGCAGGCAGAAAUGUAAUUAGAGUUGGUAAUAUUUUCUUUGCUCUGAUUUAGCUCUACAAAAGCACAGAGGAAGUAUCCAGAACAAACAGUUUGAUAGUUGGUUCUGUUUUUUCUUGAUGAAAAUUAAAGAAAAUACUUCUUCAGG